AUGACAGUAGACAUUAGCACCUGGAAGAUCCCCAAGCAUCUACCGUUGGCGGAUCCUCAAUUCAACGUGAGUCAUGGCAUUGACCUCAUCGUUGGCGCUGAGCUGUUCUCGAUCCUGCUUCAAGCGGAGCAAAUCUCGUUCAGUGACCACCUUCGGGUUCUGCAGAAGACCAGCCUUGGAUACAUCCUGUCCGGCAAAGUUCCCACUAGCACACGCGCACCAGUUACGUGUCUGGUGUCUACCCUUGAUAGCCUAGAUGCUCAAGUGAGGAGAUUCUGGGAAGUUGAAGACUUCGACCACGGCAAGACGUUCACGGCCGAAGAACAACGAUGUGAAGCUCACUUUGUCAAAACCCACACCCGCAACGCUGAGGGACGCUAUGUGGUCCGUCUACCAGUUCGUCAAGAGAUGUUACCUCUUAUUGGGGAGACAUGGCCAAUGGCCGCUCGACGGUUCACCGCUGUGGAGAAACGCUUUCGAACUGAUGAUGCCCUUCGUACAAGCUACGUGGAGUUCAUGGACGAGUACCAACAGCUCGGUCAUAUGGAGGAGGUGAAGACGCGCGUCGUGUUGCCCCAGUUUUUCUUGCCCCAUCACGCAAUUCAUCGUCCCGAUUCUUCUACUACCAAGAUAAGAGUCGUGUUCGACGGCUCGGCCAAAAGCAGCAACCAGCUCUCCUUGAAUGACCUUCUGUUAACAGGACCAACAAUUCAGCCUUCAAUGUUAUGCAUUGUCAUCAACUCUCGUUUUCACCGAUUUGUUAUGAAAGCAGACGUAGAAAAAAUGUACCGUCAGGUUUUGGUUCAUCCGGACGAUCGGCCACUACAGCAAGUUGCUUGGCGCAGAAAGGAGUCAGAGCCACUGAAAACCUACUGUUAG